AUGACAGCAACAAGGGAGGCGGCGGCUUCCGCUCGUAAGGGGGUGGUGGAUAAGGCGGUGGAGGAGGGUACAUGGCGGCGGCGGUGGUGCCUGCUACAAGACAAGGUUUGGCUCGUGCUUUCAUUGAUAGUGGUGUGUUUGGUCUUUUUCAAUUUUGGACCCGCGAUUCAUAUUUUACUGUGUUUAAAAAAAGUUUUUCGUGAUGAUUUUACUGUUAGAGUGUUCGAAGCGAGCGCCAAUACGCUUAGGGGAGAGUUUAUGCACGAAGGAGGCGUGCUUGAUUGCUGCUUUCACAAUGACUCAUCGAGGUUUAGUGCCUCUGUUGAUCACACUGAUAUUUUGGGGAGGCAUGUCGCCCUAGUUAGGUGCAUUGAUGCAUUGAGUACUCAUACGCAGACCCUAGGGUGCAAGCAGUCAGGAACAUUCAUUUGUUGGAACAUACUGCAUGUUUACUCAAUGUCCCUUGUCGGCAACCGCUUGGUGAUUGCAAUUGCUGGAAUGCUGGAAUGCUGGAAGACAUGUGAAUGCGUAUGA